AGUAGCCAUCCAAUCAGAGGCAGCAGCUUCCAGUCAGAGCUGUCAGUGCACAGCAGCACUUAGAAACAGAGCAGAUCCUUUUGCAUUAGCCCACCACUUUGGCUCAGAAAGCUACCUCUGUGGAUAAAGAGGCAGAUGAAGAAGUACUGAAAGAGCCUUGCAGCACAACUGAGAAUCACAACUUCAUUUCUGUCACCAUGGAAACAGCCGAACAAUCAAAGCUGGUGAUGGACUGUGAAAUGGAGGGUGCUGUGUCUGAUUCACCUGUGCAUGAAAUGGAUUGCAGCGCUAGUGAUGAGCUAACUGGGUUAACAACAGAUUUAUCAGACUCUCAGGAAGCAAUAGUUAGCUCAUCAUUAACUUAUGUUCCUAGCAGUACAAGCCUGGCUGACAACAGUAACUGCUCUGAAAGCAGUCUUUGCACCCUCAUGCCCUGUCAAGAGGAAAAAGACACAUUAAAAUUAGUGCAAGGGCAUGAAGAGCUCAAUAGGAAUGAGUCAAUCAACUCAUUUCUGUCUGAUACCCUUUCCAGUGCUGACAGUGUUUGUGAGAACGAGGCCUGCUGUAGGAGGCAAGACACACAAGAUCAUGAUCAGGGUCAUGAGUCAGAGCAGUGUGUUAAGCCUGAAAUGGUGCCAAAAUCAGAACAGUAUCCAGAGCCAGAGGAAGAUGAUGGUCUGGUGAACAUGUCAAAGCAAGAAACUGACCAAGAAACUAAAGACAAUUUUGAAAUGCCAGAUUAUCCUGAGCACGAACAAGACCUUCAAUCUGAACAAGGCAAUGAGCUUGAGCAAUACUCUAUACUUGACAAUGACCCCCAGCUGGAUUUAUACGGUGAACUUGACCCUGAGGCAGGAGAUAUCAUCAAUUUAGAUGAUGAGCCCUAUCAAAGUCUAGCAGAAUAUCCAGAUGAAGGCCCAGAGCCAGAUGAAAUCCUAUUUGAACCACCUUUUCACGAAGAGUCUCCAUUAGAGCAGUGUAUAAGAGAAGAGGUGAUGUCAGAUGUGUCAAAUGAGUCCUACCAUAACCCCGAAGACAUAGAUGAAUGUUUGAGAGUUGAGAUUGCAGCAGCUUCUUCUGACAGUGAUACAGAUGAAAAAUGGAGAGCAAUUUUCUCUUCUUCCAUAAAUAAAGAAGAUGAUGACUCAUAUUUGGAUAGUCUUCAGCUGAGUGCCCAGGAGCUCUUUGUUCAGAAAGUUGAGGAGACAGACUAUAAUGAUCAGGAGAGUAGCAACUUUGAAGAGGUUAGCUUUGAGGUCCCAAAAGUACCAGACGUUUUGGAACAACCUGAGGUAGUGCCUUCCUCUCCAAUGCCCCCUCAAGAAGUUAAGUACAGCCCUUUCAGCCUUCAAGGUUUGUCAAAAAUAUCUGAAGAUGAAAGUGAAAGCUACAGAGAUGCUAAUCAUGACCACUCCAAACUCCAAGAGAACACCAGUGUGGAAACAAUCAAGAAGCUACCCAAAGACUUCUGUGUAAUUCAGGAGACAAAGAGUGAAAAUGUCAGUACAGAACACGUAGACUUCCAGCUAGCUCGCAAGCAAUGGAGAGAAAUGGAGGCGCAAAUGAAAAAUAAGACUGUCUUACCUGUAACAAAGCAGUCACACCUCCAAAGCAGUCACAGCUUCAUGUAUACACCAGUCCGCAAUAUUGAAAGAACUCCCAAGAAAGCGCGGGAUCUGGAGAGUUUAAACCUGGUCACAGAUUAUUCUCACACCCAAUUCAGCCCUUGUUCAGAAGACUCUGGCCUGGAUGAUUCCAGUUACAGGUCCCCCUAUGAUGAUGCUGAAACACCGAUUGAAAGGGAGAUUCGUAUUUCAAUGGAGAGGGAGGAAAACUUGAAAAGAGAGAGGGGACUGGCCAGGAUGGGAAAAUCAACAGAUUGUGCUCCAUCACGAAGUAUCCCUCGAUCCACAAGCACUCCUCUGACUCCAUCAUUUAUUAUAACGUCCUCACCAACAAAAGAACCGGUAAAGCAUGAAGUGUCUGCCAACAAUGUUAUAAUUGUAGACCCAAGAAAUGAUUUCACAUUCAGCUCCAAAAGUGGCAACGACAACACAACUUCUGGGCCUGUAGAAUGGUGCUCUGAGGAAAACAGUUCCAAUCUAAUCAUCCUUGAAACAUCUAAUUUGAUCAUUCGAAGUGCCUCUGAGUUCUCCCUUAAUAAAACCUGUGAAGAGCCCCAGGAAAAAAUGUUCCUCAAUAACCCCUUCUUCAAACUGCGGUCAAGAAGCACAAUCUCUCUGGUAGAUGAAGAGAUAAGGAUGGUGAAGCAGAGGGAGGAAGAGCUCAGAAAGGAAAGGGCAACACUGUAUGGUAAAGACAUGUUCAGCACAGAAACUGGCCUGUCAAAUCGCAUGGACACUUUGACAUUUGAUACCUCAGGUAUUGUACCAGUUAAAUGCAAGUCCUCUCCAUCAUCGCCAAUGAAAACAACCCACAGGAUGGAUCGCUCUGCCUUAUCCUGUGAUCACAGGUUUCCUGAGGCCUACACCGGAGGAAGACGGAAGAGUGCCAUGGCUCUGCGCUGGGAGGCAGGCGAGUUUACAAAAAACAACUAAAGUGGAACAAGUUGCCAUUUUGCCAUUGGAGGUGCAACGGUUGAUGUUUUUAUUCAAGUUAGAUGCAUUUAUUAUCGUUAUUUGUUUAAUGUUGUGACAUAGCCUAAGCUCUGCUUUUGUGACACUUUGGAAAAAUAGUGAGAAUGUCAGGACAAGUCCCUUUUUAAUUUCAGCAUCAAUUUUGUGCAGUACAUUAAAUGAGUUUG